CUGGCAUAGAGUGCACGUUAUAUCUGCUCACACACAUCAAGGAGAAAUCUGCAUUGAAACUGAUUUCAGACUGUAACGAUGUCUACAUACUUGUUUUAAAGAACCAACAGCUACUGAUUCCAGCAAGGUCAAAUAUAAUGUAUAGCUAGAAGAAUCAGUUGGGGAACUGGAUAUAUAACAAAUCCAGCCAUGUUGCAGACACUUCUGAUUUGGGCCAUGUUUGCCACAAACCUCCCUCCUCCAACCAGACAGGGUUGCUUCAAGGCAAGUGAAACUCAGUGUCGCAACGUGGACUUUGUUCCCGGAUCUAAUCUAGCAGGAGAAGGCUUUGACAUCACCACCAUGCAACGGAAAGGGGCCUUCAUUAUCGACAUGAACUCCUGGCUCCGGGAUGACAAAUCCUGCACUCUGUGUAAAAACCCCUACAUGGGAGCUCAAACACAGAAGCUUCCGGUUUCUGUUGUUGACUGGAGACCGAGUCCGAAGUGCAGAAUGAAGGUGUCCAGCUCUGUCUACCAGUCCAGCGAAGCCUUGGUCAGUGCCAGCAGCUCCUCUAUUGACAACGACUGGAAGGCAGACUUGCAAAUAUCGACUAUAAGAAAUGGAGCAUCAUUGAUGCUGGCAGGUAGUAAUUCCAAGCUGGCUGAAUAUUCAAUGGCGAAAACCAAGACAGACAAGUACAGCUUCACCAGCCAUGCUGCCUCCUGUGAAUAUUACAGGUACAGGGUUUCAAGCCAUGCAGUCCUGCAGCCAGAGCUGAAGGAUGAAUUCAGUAGGCUCCCUGCAACAUAUGACAAUCAUACAAAGUACCACUAUUACAAACUGAUUGACAAGUUUGGUACUCAUUACAUCACAAAGGUGACUCUAGGUGGAGAGGUUCGCUCUGUGACCAGCAUCAAGCAGUGCCAGGCAUCCCUGCAGGGUCUGAGCGUGGAUGAAGUGAAGACAUGUCUGGAUGUGGAGGCAUCUGCCAGUCUCGGAACUGUAAGCCAGAAGACUGAGUACCAUCAUUGCAAGCAGGUCAAGGACAAGACUAUGAACAAAAAAAGCUUCUCCAGCAGCUUCAGUGAAAGGGAAACAGAUGUGAUCGGUGGAAAUACGGAGAAUGUUGACCUCCUAUUCUCAUCAAGUAAUAACCCAAAGGCAUAUAAAGAGUGGGUUUCAUCUCUGCCUGCUCACCCUGAUGUGCUUUCCUACUCACUUGAGCCACUUCAUGAAUUGCUGCCGGCGCAGAACCUGAGCCGAAAGCAUUUGCGCAAUGCCAUUAAGGACUACAUCCUCCAGAGAGGCCUGUGGAAAAACUGCACUAGCCCAUGCAAGACCGGAGUGAAGACUGAUCCCAAGGAGCCAUGCAUCUGCAGCUGCCACAAUAAUCCAGGUGUGGCCCUUAACUGCUGCCCCACUCAGAGAGGAUUUGCUCAGAUCACUGUAACUGCAAUCAAAGCCAGAGAUUUAUGGGGAGAUUACUUUAAACAGACAGAUGGCUAUGUCAGGCUCCUCUGCAAUGGAAAGAUCGUCAGCCAGACAUCUGUGAUCUGGAACAAGAACUCGCCAACAUGGAACUGGAAUUUCAAUCUUGGAACUGAGGACCUGACUCAGUUCACUAGUGUGAAGCUGGAGGUGUGGGACAGGGACAGCGGCUGGGAUGAUGACCGUCUCGGGGCAUGCACUGUUAAAUUAAAAUCUGGAGUGGAAAAUAACUGCUGUCCCCUCAAUCAUGGGAUGCUGUAUUAUGCAGUGCAGGUGAAGUGCAUUCCCAGUUUGGCUGGUCCUUCAUGCAUGGAAUAUAAGUCCUCCCCCAUGGAGGCACAGCUGGAGAAAGUGUACAUCUCCCGAAACGCUCGCCCGAUUCCCAGAGGCAUGCUGCUGGAGAUGGGCGUGCUCCUCGAUGAACGCAUUCCCCGCUUCAACCAGAGCAACAUUCGCAAAGCUAAAGGUCUUGAAUUGUAGACCAGUUGUGUUCUUUGUGCAGCGAUCACAUAUUCACACCAACGAUCAUAAAGUUUAAAGUAGAAUAGGUGCACAUAUUACUGGCACAUUAUUACUAAUUACUUUCCUGCUCAUUUUAUUACUUUCUUGGUCAUUUGUGCUGCCUUUUGCCUUUUUGAAAGCUUAAUAAAAAUCUCUUGAAA